GCCACCUCCCCCAAAGCCCCCAAUUUCCAACUCCUUCCGUGGCGGCACCGCCGUGGCCCGACGGGAUUGGAGCCACCGGAGCAAGAUUCUUUGCUGCUCUCCCCUUCUUCUUCCUCCUCACUACUCCCGCUGGGAGCUCACAAUCCGCAGCCACACCACCGGCGGCGGCGCAGGCGGAGCGGGGGCAAAAAAGCCAUCCGAAACAAGAUGCCGCCCCCGCGGCGGCCGAACGCCGGCGGCACGACCUCCGCCGCUCUCCCCCCACCACGCAAGGUCCCGCUGCGCUCGCUCCUCCGCGCCGCCUCGGUGGCCUGCGGGGUGCAGUUCGGGUGGGCGCUGCAGCUCUCCCUGCUCACGCCCUACGUGCAGGAGCUGGGCAUCCCGCACGCCUUCGCGUCGCUCGUCUGGCUCUGCGGCCCGCUCUCCGGCCUGCUGGUGCAGCCGCUCAUCGGCCACCUCUCCGACCGCAUCGCGCCCGCCGACUCCCCGCUCGGCCGCCGCAGGCCCUUCAUCGCCGCGGGGGCCGCCUCCAUCGCCUUCUCCGUGCUCACCGUCGGCUUCUCCGCCGAUUUGGGGAGGCUGUUCGGGGACAACAUCCGGCCCGGGUCGACCAGGUACGGCGCGAUUAUUGUCUACAUGAUCGGCUUCUGGCUGCUGGAUGUCGGCAACAACGCCACCCAGGGCCCCUGCAGGGCCUUCCUCGCCGACCUCACCGAGAAUGACCCGAGGAGGACUCGGAUCGCCAACGCCUAUUUCUCGCUCUUCAUGGCCCUGGGGAACAUCCUCGGGUAUGCCACCGGAGCGUACAGCGGCUGGUACAAGAUAUUUCCCUUCACCAUCACCGAGUCAUGUGGCGUCAGCUGUGCCAACCUCAAGUCUGCGUUCCUGCUAGACAUCAUCAUCCUGGCAAUUACGACAUACGUCACUGUGGUAACGGUGCAAGACAACCCGACAUUCGGGAGCGAUGAAGCAGCGCCACGUCCGAGCAGCCACGAAGAGGAGGCUUUCCUCUUCGAGCUCUUUGGGUCAUUCAAGUACUUCACAAUGCCUGUCUGGAUGGUCCUGAUCGUCACUUCCCUCACCUGGAUCGGGUGGUUCCCGUUCAUCCUCUUCGAUACCGACUGGAUGGGCCGGGAAAUCUACCGAGGGAGCCCGGAGAUCGUCGCCGACACCCAGAAGUACCAUGACGGUGUGAGAAUGGGUUCCUUUGGCCUCAUGCUCAAUUCAGUCCUUCUUGGGAUCACGUCAGUCGUGACGGAGAAGCUGUGCAGGAAGUGGGGGGCUGGGCUCGUAUGGGGUGUUUCCAAUAUUAUCAUGGCUCUCUGCUUUGUGGCGAUGCUCGUUAUAACGUACGUGGCGCAGAAUUUGGACUAUGGACCUAGCAGAGCACCUCCGACCGGCAUCGUUGUUGCUUCCCUCACAGUUUUCACGAUUCUGGGAGCACCCUUGUCGAUCACGUACAGUAUACCAUACGCGAUGGCUACGAGCCGUGUUGAGAAUCUUGGGCUUGGCCAGGGUCUAGCAAUGGGUAUUCUCAAUUUAUCUAUCGUCAUACCACAGAUCAUCGUGUCACUGGGCAGUGGGCCAUGGGACUCGCUCUUUGGUGGAGGGAACGCGCCAUCGUUUUGGGUGGCGGCUGCCGCGUCCUUCAUUGGCGGGCUGGUGGCCAUCCUGGGUCUCCCCCGAGCCCGCAUUGCGCCAAAGAAGAGGAGCCAGCGAUGAUGAUCAGAGUACAUUGUUUCAGGUUGUCUGUAUAUCCUGGCUCUUAAGUUAAGUUGCAAGUUGCAACCAUUCUUUGCUCUAUCAUCCAGUUGAUUAGGCAUGGGUAUCUGUCUGUAUAUCAGUUCGAUGGGGAAAGAAAUACAGCUCUGGAAUUUGGUCUUGUUUUCUUUCCUCCAUGAGCUGUUGUUUUUUUCGCGUCUCCGUGUCAAACAUGGUCGGUUGUAUCUUGUUGUAUGUUGGAUUUUUAUGGUUUUGUCGGAGACGGUGGGUGAAUGAAUGAAUAAAAAGUCGGCAGGGUUUUGCUUGAGGUCA